AUGGUUUACUUUUGGAAGCCGCCCUCCCCAUUUUCCCAAAGGACGCCGUCGACCUUCACGGUCGGUGGCGUUGUUUACUCGUGUGCCGAACAAUUUUUCGCUGUAGAAAAAGCCCGUCUUUUCGGAGAUCGCUAUGGUUUGCAGAACAUCAUGCGAGUGUCAGACCCGGCCUUACGCAAAAAUUUUGGCCGUGAGAUCCGUGGUUUCGACCAAUCGCUUUGGGAACAAGAACGCGAAAACAUUGUGCUCACUGGCUCUUUCGCAAAAUUUAGUCGAAAUUCCGAGUUACAAAAGCAUCUCCUCGGAUCUGGUGACAAAAUCCUUGCCGAAGCCAGUCCUUACGACCUUGUUUGGGGCAUUGGCCUGCAGGCCGAUCAUCCUGACGCUGGAUGCACAUCUAGAUGGCGCGGCCUCAACCUGUUAUGCACCGCCCUACAGAACGCAAACAUUCUGCUCAACUUCACCCAGAGCAUAGCCUCGUUCAGUUCAUUUGGUGGCGUUGAUUCGUCUGCCACGUACUCCGUUUCUGACCCCUUCGUGUAUAGUUUGCACGAGCGACCCGCCCCGUCGCCAAGCGACCGAGGGGACUUUGGUUCCGCCAGUUCUUCCCCCUCGUCGCCUUCGCCUGCUCCUUUCGAGCGGUUGACGCCAGAAAAGCGUCAAAGUUUCUCCCAAGUCUGGGAUAAGCUACCCUGCCCUCUCCGUGAGAUUACUUUUGAUCUCCACGGCCCGGGUUGGACUCCCGAUGUCAUUACUCAGCUUGGUGACGUUUUGUGCAAAUACCAUGAUGUGUUUUCGAGUUCUCCGACCGACUUUGGAUCUUGUUCGCUUUUUCCUUUUAAGCGUACAGCUCCUCCUGGCAGCGCACCCGUCACGUCUCGCCCCUACCGCGCUAAUCCCCCGGUGGCGAAACAAGUUGACGCGAUCCUUGACCAACAUCUUGCGGCAGGUUUGAUCCAACAUUCGACCUCGCCUUACUCGAGCCCUUUGGUAGUCAUACCGAAGAAAUCUGGUGGUAUUCGCAUCACCGUCAAUUAUCGCAAGCUCAAUAAGCUUUGUGCUUUGAGUCAGCUUCCGAUUCCUCGAGUCGAUGAUACAUGGGACAACUUGUUGAAAGGGCGAAUUUAUUUNUACCGCGCUAAUCCCCCGGUGGCGAAACAAGUUGACGCGAUCCUUGACCAACAUCUUGCGGCAGGUUUGAUCCAACAUUCGACCUCGCCUUACUCGAGCCCUUUGGUAGUCAUACCGAAGAAAUCUGGUGGUAUUCGCAUCACCGUCAAUUAUCGCAAGCUCAAUAAGCUUUGUGCUUUGAGUCAGCUUCCGAUUCCUCGAGUCGAUGAUACAUGGGACAACUUGUUGAAAGGGCGAAUUUAUUUCCUUUUCGACAUGAAAUCUUCGUUCCACCAAAUCACGGUGCACCGCGAUACAAUCCCUUUGACGGCAUUCGUGACGUCUUCCGGGCUUUUCGAGUGGUUGAAGAUGCCUCAAGGCAGUUCGGCUGCCCCUGGGUGGUUAUGCAAAGUUGUCAACGAAGUCAUAAAGAAACUCCGCGGUGUUGCAUCGUACUUGGAUGAUUUAAUCGUCUUUGAUGACACCCCUGCUACUCAUGUUGGUUCCAUGCGCGCACUCUUUGGACGCUUGCGUACGUACAACUUGAAACUCACGCCUCCGAAAGCUACUAUUGGCGCUACUGAAGCGGACUUCCUCGGACACACCAUCUCCCCUGACGGCGUUAGGCCUAACGGUGCCAAGGUUUCGGCCCUCACCAAAAUGCCUAUGCCCAGGGAUGUCAAGCAACUACGCUCCCUUCUCGGUGGUCUCAGCUACUACCGUAAGUUCCUCCCCAACAUGGCUAAACGUAUUCGACCUCUGAUUACUCUACUCAAGAACCAAGAGAAGUUUAUCUUCACCCGUUCCAUGGAGCAAGCCGUUCGCGUUUUUUAAGCUGAGUUGGCCAAUCCCCCUGUUUUGGUUUAUCCAGAUUGGGAUGUCGUUUCAGACGGCUCGCGACCUUUUCAUCUUUACUGUGAUGCUAGUCGCGAUGGGUUUGGUGAGACUCUUGAACAAGAACAGCCAGAUGGUUCCAUUCGCC